UGAAAAAACCUCGAUGUUUAUUUUUUGCGUCUAUUAAUUGCAGUGAACAUGCUGAAGAAUGGGAACUUCGAAGAAGGUCCAUACGUGUUCCCGAACACAUCAUCGGGAGUCCUGAUCCCUCCCAACAUCGAGGACGAUCACUCCCCACUCCCCGGCUGGAUAAUCGAGUCCCUCAAAGCCGUCAAAUACAUCGACUCCGACCACUUCUCCGUCCCCGUGGGCCGCCGAGCCAUCGAGCUCAUCGCCGGCAAAGAAAGCGCCAUUGCUCAGGUUGUCAGGACCAAGCCAGGAAAGCUCUAUUCCCUUACCUUCGCUGUCGGAGACGCCAGCAAUUCCUGCGAGGGGUCGAUGGUGGUCGAGUCAUUUUCUGGCAACGUCACGGCUCAUAUUCCCUACGAGUCAAAGGGGAAAGGCGGGUUCAAACGGGCUGAGCUCCAGUUCACGGCUGUGUCGCCGCGGACCCGGGUUAGGUUUUUGAGCUCGUUUUAUACUAUGAAGAACGAUAAUUCUGGUUCGCUUUGUGGUCCGGUUAUCGAUGAUGUGAAGCUGCUUGGUGUUCGUAAUUCGCUCCGUGGUUGAUCAUAUAUGUAUAAUUGUUCAUGCUCCCAGAUUAGUCGAUUCUUCAGAUCGGAUAUCGAAUUAUCAAAAAAAAUAUGGCAUUAGUUGAUGAUGAGAGAUCGCUGUAUUGCUUGUGUGCGUGUGAGAUUCAUUUUGCAUAUUUUGAGAUGUUUAAAAUGGCGUUUUUUCCCCCUCCUUUUACUUCUUUAACAAAAAUCAGGAUGUUUGUUUAUGUAUACAUUGUUAUUAAAAGUAAGAACACACACUA